AUGGUUAACAAAAUUAAUGCAAUCCUGUUCUCUUUCGGUCGGAUGGUUUCAUUACUUCAUAAAUCAAUUCCCGAUGGCACCGACCGGACGUUGAGCGUGCCGAACGACCAACACACGCUGGCCACGAUGGUGUCCACGGAAGCCGCUUCUGCCCGGCCGGCUACGGUCACCAUGGAAACGCUCGCAGAACGCUGCCUCGGCUGUACGAUUAGCUACGGCGUGCGACCAACUCACGACGAACGCAACCAGCAGGCCAGCUUCAGCACGACAAUGAUGCCGAUGGUUACGGCACGGACCAACUGGACCUGGAGCUUUUCGGACGGGCUGGCGGCGGCGGCCGGACAGCAGCAUCCGAACCUUACCGCACCGCUGUACGACACACUCGACGCACCGGACGAUUACCCCCAGUACGAGAUUGAUCCGGCCUAUCAGCUACGCUACAGCAUCCUCGGUACCGUGCUGCUGACCGUGGCGUACGCGCUCGUGUUUAUCGUCGGCCUGCUCGGGAACAUCUCGGUCGUGAUCGUCGUGAAGAAAAGCACCAUGAUGCGAUCGCCCACCAAUCGGUUCAUCGUCAAUCUCGCGUACGCUGAUUUAUUGGUCAAUUUUCUCUGCCUGCCGUUCACGCUGAUCGGGAACCUCUACCCAGCCUGGAUAUUGGGGGUGUUCUUCUGCAAGGGUGUUUCCUAUCUGCAAGGUGUUUCCGUUUCCGCUUCCGUCAACACGCUGAUGGCGAUCUCCAUCGAACGUUGCUUCGCGAUAUCAUUUCCCAUUUCGGGCACCAUUACGACCAGACAGUACCGGUUGAUUGUGACCAUCAUCUGGUUUAUAGCGCUCAGCAUUAACCUGCCCUGGCUGUUCGUCUUUACGCUACGUCCCAUCGGCAUACCCGGUAGUAUAGCGCAGAUCUGCACCGAGCUGUGGCCAACACCGGCAUCGGAGAGUUGGUACUUUCUGUUCGCCAACCUGUUCUUCUGCUACCUGGGCCCACUGAUUGUGAUAUCCAUCUGCUAUGUCAUCAUCUGGAAAAAUGUGGCCUACCGGAAUUUGCCCCGCGAGAUGAUAAUAAACCGCAAAAAUGAAGUCUUCAAUCGCAGCAAGGUGAAGGUCAUUAAGAUGGUUUUCGUUGUGAUCAUCACCUUCGCCAUCUCGUGGUUGCCUCUGUACGCAAUCUUUUGUUUCGUUAAAUUUGCCGGCGAUUUGGUUUACGAUGAAGCGGUCCAAUCGUUCAUUUUAACUAUUCUUCCGGUGGCCCAGUGGCUAGGUGCAUCCAACUCCUGCAUCAAUCCGAUUCUGUACGCGUUUAUGAAUCGUAAAUUUAGGGCCGGCUUCAAGAAGCUGUUUCACAGCUGCUGCACAGCGGACGAGGACGAUUGGGAUCUCCCGACCACGGUUGGCCGGCUGGAGGAGAAAGACCUGUACCUACGGCGGGUGCGAUCGUUCAACAAUGGGAAGCAGCAUCAAACGCUACUGCACUACAGCCGAGAGCACUGUUCAACGCUUCGUGUGCCAUUGGCAAGCCCAGCAAUCAGUGUCCCAAAUGGUGGAACACGAAAUUAA